AUGGUGGCAGAGAUGGCGCUGAGCCACCGGGCACCCCGUGAGGUGCUGAGUGAGGCUGACCUGGAGGAGGUGGCCCAGCGGAAACCUCCCGCCGAGCCCUCACUGCGUGGCUGUCUCCGCAAGACCAGAUGCUCGGCCUCCACCGCCAAGUCCCUGCUCUUCCGGUUCCUUCCCUUCCUGCACUGGCUGCCCCGCUACCCAGUCAAGGACUGGCUCCUGGGGGACAUUGCCUCGGGCUUCAGUGUGGGCAUCAUGCACCUGCCCCAGGGGCUUGCCUACGCGCUGCUGGCUGGGCUGCCGCCAGUCACCGGUCUCUAUUCCUCCUUUUACCCCGUCUUCCUCUAUUUCUUCUUUGGGACAUCCAGGCACAACUCCGUGGGCCCCUUUGCUGUCAUCUCCGUCAUGAUCGGGAGUUUGACAGACUCCCUGCUGCCCAGUGAGAACUUCCUGGAGUCUGUCAAUGGCAGCAAUACAACAGUCAAUGAGGCACAGCGGGACGCUGCCAGGGUGGAGCUGGUGGCCACCAUCACUGUCCUGACGGGCAUCUUCCAGGUGGCCCUGGGCCUCCUGCAGUUUGGCUUUGUGGUGACCUACCUCUCGGAUCCACUGGUGCGUGGCUAUACCACUGCUGCCUCUGUGCAUGUCCUCGUCUCACAGCUCAAGAAUGUCUUCGGGGUCUCCGUGGGCGAGUACUCAGGGCCACUUUCAAUGUUCAUGACCUUCAUUGAGAUCUGCCGGAAGCUGCCAGAGACCAACGUGGGCACCCUGGUGACAGCCAUCAUUGCCAUGGUGGCCAUCUUCAUCGUGAAAGAGCUCAACCACAAGUUUGCUGCCAAGCUGCCCAUGCCCAUCCCCAUCGAGCUUAUCACGAUCAUCAUCUCCACCGGCAUCUCCUACGGUGUCAACCUGAAAGCCAAGUUUGGCAUCUCUGUGGUGGGCAACAUCCCCAGCGGGUUGAAGCCGCCCGUGGUCCCUAAUGUCAGCUACUUUGGGCAGGUGGUGGGUAAUGCCUUCGCCAUUGCCGUGGUGGGCUACGCCAUCUGCAUCUCCCUGGGCAAGAUCUUUGCCCUGAAGCACGGCUACAAAGUGGACAGCAACCAGGAGCUGAUCGCGCUGGGCCUCUCCAACUUCCUGGGGGGCUUCUUCCAGUGUUUUGCCAUCAGCUGCUCCAUGUCACGGAGUCUGGUGCAGGAGAGCACAGGGGGCAACAGCCAGGUAGCCGGUGUCAUCUCAUCCCUGGUCAUCCUGGUGACCAUCCUGAAGAUCGGAGAGCUCUUCCGGGACCUGCCCAAGGCCAUCUUGGCUGCCAUCAUCAUUGUCAACCUCAAGGGCAUGUUCAAGCAGUUUGAUGAUCUCCGCAUGCUCUGGAAGUCCAACAGGGUGGACCUGAUGGUCUGGAUUGUGACAUUUGUGGCCACCCUCCUGCUGAACUUGGACAUUGGCCUGGGGGCCUCGGUGGCCUUUGGGCUGCUCACUGUCAUCUUCCGUACCCAGCUCCCCCACUACUCCAUCCUGGGGCGCAUCUCCAACACCAACGUCUACAGGGACGUGGCCGAAUACCAGAUGGCACAGGAGGUCCCUGGUGUGAAGAUCUUCCGCUCCUCCUCCACCCUCUAUUUUGCCAAUGUGGAGCUGUACGCUGAGGCUCUGAAGAAGAAGGCAGCUUUAUUGACUUUGACAAGGAACCGAGGUGCUGCCACCUAUGCCCAGACACUCCAUAAUAUCCCUGAGACCCAGGUCACCACUCUAGACAACGGUCUCCGAGUAGCUUCAGAGGAGUCCAAUCAGCCAACGUGUACGGUGGGUGUGUGGAUCAGGGUGGGGAGCCGCCAUGAAAACAAGAAGAACAAUGGAGCCGGUUACUUCCUGGAACAUCUGGCCUUUAAGUGGACCGGCAAAGUUUAG